GCAUGCUGGGACCAUGGCAUGAAGCACAAUGGCGGUUAAACAACAAGUGUGCCUGGCUCUCACUCUGUCAUGUCUGGUUUCAUCCCUUCUGCUCCACACUUGUCGGACGGAAGCCGAGGAGCUGCAGUGGGAUGUGAACGGCUACGUGCUGUACUGCCCGUGCAUGGGUCGCUUCGGGAACCAGGUGGACCACUUCCUGGGAACACUGGCCUUUUCUAAGAUGUUGAACCGAACCCUGGCCGUCCCUCCCUGGAUAGUGUACCGCCACCACACGCCCCCUUACACCAAUGUCCAUGUUCCCUACAGUGAGUUUUUCCAGUUGGAGGCCUUGUAUGCCUACCAUCGUGUGAUCAGUUUGGAGGAUUUCAUGGAGAAGCUGGCCCCCAAAUACUGGCCCUCAGGACAGAGGCAUGCCUACUGCUUUGAGACUGCUGCACAGCGGAGUGCAGACAAGAAAUCCUGCCCUAUGAAGGAUGGGAACCCAUUUGGUCCAUUCUGGGACUACGUUGGUGUGGACUUUGACGAGUCUGUCCUGUUUGGGGGUAUUUCUUUCAGUGCCUACCACCAACCUCAGUGGAUGAAAAAGUUCCCUCCCUCUGAACACCCUGUCCUGGCGAUGCCCGGGGCUCCUGCCCAGUUCCCAGUGGUAGAGGAGCACGUGGCCCUUCAGGGGUAUGUAGUGUGGUCAGACAAGAUGGUGAAGGAGGGAGAGGAGCACAUCGCCACCUGGCUGACCAGGCCGUAUGUUGCCAUUCACCUGAGGAUUGGCAUCGACUGGCAAAACGCAUGCAAAAUGCUGAAGAGUGGAGAUACAGGGCCUCACUUCAUGGCCUCUCCUCAGUGUGUCGGCUACAACCGCCAGACAGCGUUGCCUCUCACCAUGCCCAUGUGCCUGCCUGACCUGGCGGAAAUUAGCAGGUCUCUGAAGCUGUGGGUGAAGAAGACCUCUGCAAGCUCUGUCUACAUUGCCACCGACUCAGAAACCCACAGUAAAGAAAUUGAUAAGAUCUUCAAGGGCAAGGUUAAAGUAGUGACUCUACAACCAGACUCAGCCCAGUUGGACCUGUACAUCCUAGGCCGAGCUGACCACUUCAUCGGCAACUGCGUCUCCUCCUUCUCUGCGUUUGUAAAGAGGGAGCGAGACGUGCAUGGCCUCCCGUCCUCCUUUUUUGGCAUGGACCAGCCCGGGAAAUCAAAUCCUAAAGAAGAGCUAUGAGUACGAGUGUAACACGGUUUCCCUCAGGGCGCUGGUGAUGGAUGCCUGUCAUGAGGAGGCGGGACAACAUGUGAAAAGCAGAGAAAAUGUAUGACAGUUCUAAAUGAGUGAAGCAAGAUGAGAAACAGAGUCAUGGAUAGGUUCCAUUUUAGGAUGGGUUUUAAUCUAUGAGAAUGAAAGAAGGGCCAGGGUGUAGCAGGUGGGUAGUAUUCAUGUUUGUAAAAUGUUGCUGCUGCCAAAAGUUUGAAAAUGAAAUUUUUUGUGUGUUUGCUCUAAAGUUUUGUCUCCUGCUCUACUUUUGUUCACUCAAGUAAAGUCAGUUUUCCUUUC